CAAAGUCUCCUGUAGCCUUCCUCCUUCUGCUUGGAGACACAAGGGUCCCAGCGGGUGGGGGGGCUGGAAGGCGCGAGGUUAAGAACGAUGCAGAGGAAGCGGUGACCAACGUGAGAGUGAGGAAGUCGGCCGCCCUCGUCCGGGGCAGGAGGUGGCCGGCUGACCCUGUGUGACUCCGGGGGGCUGAACCGGGCUCCAGGUGACCAUGUCAGGUCGCUCGGAGUCCAGCUGAGUCCAGAAAGGAAGAGCUUUCUAACGGCCCCGUGGGUCUUUCUCGAAGUUCCGCCGGUGGAGGUGGGGAGGAGAAAGAGGAGUGACCUGUUCUGGAACAUGGCAGAACCCAGGGAGAGUUUAUUUCUGGUUCUUUUUCCGGAGCGUUGACCGGAGGGCCCGGGCGUGGGCUCCCCCGGUUUCAAGGCCAGGCGAUCUGGCUGGCGAAGGGCACCCCUUGAUGGUGCCCGUGUGAUGCUGUCUUCUGCCUGUCUCCCCUCACCCCCCACCGCCACCCACCCACGAGGUAAGCGCCACCAGACACGAGUCUUCGCACGCUUCACUGUCUGUGGCAUCCCCACACCUAGCCGGGCGCCUGGCACACCACCGAGCUUUGUCACAUUCAUCGAAUAAAGGCCACAGCUUCCGGUGGCCGAGCUGGAAUGCAACCUCAAUAUUGUCACCCUCCAGAAAUAGCUGUCUGUAAACAUAACAGCCCAGGGGCACGUCUGUCGAGUCAGGAUCUUCACCCACAAAAGCCGACCAGCCCAUCCUGCUUUGCCUGGAACGUUCUGGAAGCCCCGCCUCACGGGAUACCCCCAAGCUGGAUGACUGGUCUCCCUGCAUUGGGGAUCCCGAGGUGGGUCUUUACGUCGACCCACCUUGCGGAUGAGGACAUUGCUCCCUGGCCCCGGGAUCUGGCUCCGCGUCUGCCGGGUGUUCCUAGCUGUGCCCUGGGACCGAUUGGCCAAGGACCCCGCUGGAGAGCUUUGGACACCCUAACAGUGAACGAGAAUGGGGGACAAGGAUUACAACACCUCCUUCUCCUACGACGAGGAGUACUCGGAUGAUUUUGAACCCAUCGUGGUUUUGGAGGAGUCUUCUCCCCUGGAAGGCAAGGUGACCAGGAUCUUCCUGGUGGCGGUCUACAGCAUUGUCUGCUUCCUCGGGAUCCUGGGCAACGGGCUGGUGAUCGUCAUCGCCACCUUCAAGAUGAAGAGGACUGUGAACACCGUCUGGUUCCUCAACCUGGCCGUGGCGGACUUCCUGUUCAACGUCUUCCUCCCGAUCCACAUUGCCUACACCGCCAUGGACUACCACUGGGUCUUCGGCACGGCCAUGUGCAAGAUCAGCAACUUCCUGCUCAUCCACAACAUGUACACCAGCGUCUUCCUGCUGACCGUCAUCAGCUUCGACCGCUGCAUCUCCGUGCUCCUUCCCGUCUGGUCCCAGAACCACCGCGGCGUGAGGCUGGCCUGCAUGGCCUGCGUGGUUAUCUGGGUCCUGGCUUUCUUCCUGAGCUCUCCGUCCCUCGUCUUCCGGGACACGGCCCACGUGCACGGGAAAACGUCCUGCUUUAACAACUUCAGCCUGUCCGCGGCCGGCUCUGCCCCGUGGCUCGCUCGCUCCGGGCUGGACCCCGCGGGCCUCAGCCGCCACGUGGUGGUGACGGUCACCCGCUUCCUCUGUGGCUUCCUGGUCCCCGUGCUCAUCAUCACGGCCUGCUACUUCACCAUCGUCUGCAAGCUUCGACGCAACCGCCUGGCCAGGACCAAGAAACCCUUCAAGAUCAUCGUGACCAUCAUCACCACCUUCUUCCUCUGCUGGUGUCCCUACCACACCCUCUACUUGCUGGAGCUCCGCCACGCCACCGUGCCGGGCUCCGUCUUCAGCCUGGGUUUGCCCCUGGCCACCGCCAUUGCCAUUGCCAACAGCUGCAUGAACCCCAUCCUGUACGUCUUCGUGGGCCAGGACUUCAAGAAGUUCAAGGUGGCCCUCUUCUCCCGCCUGGUUAACGCGCUGAGCGAGGACACAGGCCACUCCUCCUACCCCAGCCACAGGAGCUUUACCAAGAUGUCAUCCAUCAACGAGAAGGAGACCAGCAUGCUUUGAGCCUCAUCCCCGAACCCCCGGUGGACAGGCACUCCGGCCUCGGAGGCCCAGAGCUGUGCCUUCCAAAGACCACCGCAGAAACCCCCUUCAGCACCCGCCAGCGCCUGCUAGAGUUUACCUGGGGCUGGCCAGUGCUUUGAGCUGGGAGUCCAGGGCUCGGAACUCCGUCCUUCGAGGGGCGUGGCUGACCGGGCAGGCCGUGGACCGGCAUCCCAUGCUUCUUGGGAGACCUGCCUUGGCUGACCCAAAGCAAAAAAGGGAGCAUUCUUAAAAGCGCUGCCAUGAACCGGGAUCAGCAUAAGACAGAGGGACUAAGCUACCUAUUCCGCCCUCCCCCGGAAUCACAAACACGCCACGGGGCGUGUUCCUGGCCUGAGCAGCAGAGGUCAGGGCCAACCCAGUGUGAUGCAAAUCGCCGCCUCGCCCCACAUGCCUGUAUCACUGGCCAGCCAGAAAUCCUGCCGCCCGCCCGCAUCAUUCCUCCGGGUGAGGGCAAGUGGAGAUGCACAGGUUACCUGGGAGAGGAAGGUGACACGGGCACUCGCGAACUGCCAGGACCAUGCACUUGGCUUUCAGAUCAGGUGGGAAGACAGAGAACAGGUCCUGAGGAGCCCUGUGGGCUCUGUGAGGGCAGGACAUGUGGGGCCUGGGGGAAGGGGUGGAGAGAGAGGAGCAAAGGGCCUUCAGAGGAUGCGGCCUGAAGGCACCCGGCCUGGAACCUCCCAGGUGGAGGCCGCUUGGGCCGCAGCUACUUUGGGGGUGGGGGUGGGGGUGGUGUCAGCCCCUCACCCCCGGCCCUGCUCUCACCUUGCACUUGUUGCCUGGGGGCUGGGCCAUGGCAACAGCUUCACUCUCAGCUUCUUCCCCAUCGUGGGGGUUUUCCCUUCCUUUCCCUAUCCACCGCCUCUGGCUGCAGGCGCUCGGAUUAAAACACGCGACGGCGGGGGGCCCGGGAAGGAGGGCACCUUCUCCUGCUCCUCAGCUUUCUCAAAGCCUUGCCAGAAUCGGCUUCAGGAAACAAGCUGGGGGCGCCUGGCAGGUUGAAGGGCAUGUCCGAGGGCUCGGUCACCGAUCGCAGAGCCCGGAGCCUGGUCCCUUGAACCGUGCUCUGGAGAUGCAGGCUGUGGGGACGGCAGGCGCGGAGCCCCUCCUGGCGCGGCCAUGCUGUCUUUUCCCACCUGGGACUGACGCCUCCCUGUGCCACAGUGUCCUUGUCCCAUUUACAGAUGGCAAAGCUGAGGCUCAGGGAGGGUGGGGAGUAACUCGCCCACUGACACACAGCCGGCAAGAGGCAGAGUUAAGAUGUGAACCCAGCUCUGUCUGGCUCCGGAAGCUCUGUCUUGUUGUUGUUUGUUUUCAAUGGCUAAUGUAUCUAUUGAGAAUAUUCUAGACUAUAAUGGUAGCCCACAUUUAUUUAGUGCUCCCUAUGCUAAACUUAUUCCUCCCAGCAGCCUUGACUUCCAGUUAUUACUUCCCUUUUACAUAUGAGGUAUCUGAAGCUCAGAGAGGUUAAGUAACUUCCCUGAGGGCGUCCAGCUGGUCCCUGCCAGAGCCAGCAUUGGAAACUAGGUCUAUCUGACUCAAAUAAGGCCGCAGGAUCAGGGUUUUGAGAGAGGCUUGGGGUUUUGACCACAAAUAUUGAUUCAUCAACAGAUUAAUAUAAACAUUUCCUCGGCCUAUACAUCAGCUUUGCAAAUAGUUUUUGAAAAUGACCCAACAUGGCAGAGAAAAUACUCUUGGCCUCCAGUUCCCUCGACAUCCAUCCACACGUGCCCACCGUGGUUCCCAGCUCCUGCGCCCCCUGAGACCUCCGGGAAGGCAGUGGGGAGAGAGAGGAUGGGCAGGAGGUAGUCGUCGGUGGGCCGGGGACCCUUGGCCUCCCAGUGUCCACACUCUCUUCCAAACGCCAUCAUCGUGAAGCCAAUCCUCCGACAAGAUGCAAUGAACAGAUGUAAUGUCUACAGGCGUUGGGCAAGUUCCCGAGGCCCCGGGCUGUUUGGAAAUCACACCUCAUUAAGAGACAGACUGUUCCUUCCCUUCUUGGGCCAUUGUGCUUAUGAUGAGGCAGCUCUGAAGUGACCCUAAGCCAGGGCGCCCAAUGGCUUCAAGAAAUCUGAACUUGGACC